AUUCAUAAUUGACUUGUGCUACUUCGGCAUCUAACUUUGCUUAUUUCUUUCUUUCACAAAGUUUCGUGAUGUCUAACAUUAAGAGGAAGAAGACCAGAAAGCUUCGUGGUCAUGUAAGUCAUGGUCAUGGCCGUAUUGGUAAACAUCGUAAGCAUCCCGGUGGUCGCGGUAAUGCUGGUGGCAUGCACCAUCACCGCAUCAACUUUGAUAAAUACCAUCCUGGAUACUUCGGUAAAGUAGGCAUGAGGAACUUCCAUUUGCGUCGUCAACAUAAAUUCUGCCCCACUGUCAACUUGGACAAAUUGUGGUCACUUGUUGGACCUGAAAAACUUGCUGAGCUUAAAAAUGAGAAAAGCACUAAGGCACCCGUUCUUGAUUUAGUACAAUUUGGUUACUACAAAUUAUUGGGUCGUGGACACUUGCCCAAACAACCAAUCAUUGUGAAAGCCAAAUACUUCUCAAAGAAAGCUGAAGAUAAAAUUAAGAAGGCUGGCGGCGUCUGCUUGUUGAGAGCUUAAGUUAAGAUUCCGAUUAAUCUUAGGAUUGACGUACAUUCAAAUAUCGAAAAUGUAUUGGUUUUUUUUAAUAAAACAACAAAUAUUUAAACGUUAAA